UGCAUUUGUUGUGUUGAAGAAAUCCGAGGCAGGAAAACGACGGAGCCUUUGGACCAAAAUGGCACAAAUCCUGUUGAGAAACAUCACCAGAGCCAGCAAUGUGACACUGCUCGCCAACACGACGGCACCCAUCAGCUUGGCAGUCGCCUCCAACACCAGAUGUCAGGUACACACAACGCCGGUCUGCUGUGAGAUACGGAAAUUGGCCCGACUGCGGGUCGUGGAUAACAGUGAUCUUGGGAAGCGUGCAAUGGCUGAAGGUCGUCCACCCCGCUGCAUACAUGUGUACAACAAACGUGGCGUUGGCCUAAUUGGCGACAAAGUGCUUGUGGCCAUCAAGGGACAAAUGAAGAAGGGUAUUCUCGUUGGCCUCAAGCAGAAGCAGCGACUGAAGCAACCGCAAUUCGAUAGCAACAAUUUGGUGCUCAUCGAUGACAAUGGCAGUCCGUUGGGCACACGCAUCCAUGUGCCGAUACCCACUGUGCUGCGUACCAUCCUCAAGGAGAAGACGUUAUCAAAGGGUGCCGAUUACACAAAAGUGUUGGCCAUUGCCAGUCGUUAUGUUUAGCAAACACAUUUGAAUUAAUGCCGAAAAUAAAUAUGUAAUGUAAUGUAAUAAAGAAAACACGUUCAUUGUUAUAG